CACGUACUAUUACUCCCUUUGCCUUCUUUCUCUCUCCGCCCACUGUCCAUCCACCGCCCCCCUCUCUCUCUCUCAGUAUCGAAUGCAAAUUUCGAAUGCUGGCCGCGAAGCCUCCGUUGGAUAUUCCGACGCUGCCACCGCCGUCCUCCGCCACUUCCCAUAGCCAUCUCUGUAUUCUAGGGUUUUUGGCAUUCCACUUUCUCACGUGACCAUCUUUUCAAUCGGAUUCUGAAGGAGGAGGAGAAGGGAAUUUUAGGACGCGCUGUUUUGGGAAUUACAACUCCGGUGUUGAUUCUUUCCUUCUAUUGCGAUCGGAAGUUGAAGAAGGGAAAGCGGAUAGAAGGGACUGCCACAGACACACAUAUACAUAUUAGGGUUUCUGGGAGAAGAAGAAUAACGCCAUGGCUCCAGGGCGUAAACGUGGAGCUAAAGGAGUGAAGACGAUGAGUGACUUGAGUAUCGGCGAUCUCGUCCUCGCCAAGGUUAAGGGUUUCCCUGCCUGGCCUGCAAAGAUUAGUAGACCUGAGGAUUGGAAGAAACCUCCUGAUCCUAAAAAGUAUUUUGUGCAGUUCUUCGGUACAGGAGAAAUAGCUUUUGUUGCCCCAGCAGAUAUUCAGGCGUUUACAAGUGAAGCGAAGAACAAGUUGUCAGCUCGAUGCCAGGUGAAAGGAUAUUUUGCGCAAGCAGUAAAGGAUAUUUGUGCUGAAUUUGAAGAGUUGCAACAGAAAAAUUCUUGUCCUUUGGGAUAUGACACAAAUAAUGAAGCUCCGGUCACUGAUGCUGUAGAUGGUUCAGUAAAGGUAGAACAAACAGAUAGGACUGAAUAUGGUGAAACCGAGCAAGAAAUGGAUUCUGAAAGUCUGGGUGAUGGGUCUGGUUUGGAGCGCUGCUCAAAGGUUAAAACUGAGAAAGAUAAUCAAAGUUGCAAGCCACUUGUUUUAGAUUCUGCCAAUGCCUCUCCAACUAUUUUAUCUAAAAAGGGAAGUAAAAAUAGUACUAACUCAGUGAAGGAAUUGACAUCAGCAUCUUCUCAAGGAUGCCAUUCUGUAGAUGAGGAAAGCCCACAAAAUAAAAGUAUUCAAGAUAAACUUACUUCUGGGGAUCACUCUGUGCAUCCUGGUACUGGACGUAAGCAACUAGCAAAUGGACAGAAAGUAAAAAUAACAAAGAGGAAAUUGGAGGGUGGAGAAGAAGUGCAAAAUGUUACUACCUUGGCUGGUGAUGCUUCUGCAGAGCCUAUUGUAGUUGGUUUGAAAAGUGAUGUUGUGUCUGGUGAAAGUAAAAAGAAGCCAUCCUUGGAUUUGAAGUCCGGUUCAGAAGCUAAUGGUAAAAAGAAAGCAAAAAAGUUGCGCAAAGAUAGAAGACAUCUUGAAAUAUCUGAUUCUGAAAAUGAAAUUGAAGAGGAUAACAAGCUUGAGAGUUCUAGCGGGAAACCCAAAGUUGAACCUGGAUGUAUACGGAAAACUUCACAGGGCACUGAAGGAGUGCAACCUUUCAAAAGGUCAAAAUGUGCAGAUGGGGCUGCUGAUGUAAACAAGGUAGUCCAAGCUAGCAGGAAUAUAGAUAGUCGGAGUUCUGGUGUUGAUGUUAAAUUGGGUAUUUCAGAGGUUAAAGGAUCAAAGCCAGUGGGGAAAGUGGAGAACCGCACAACACUGAAAGCACAGACAGAUGUUGCUGGUUCAAAUGUUUUGGGGGAGGAAGAUGUUCCUCCCCCGUCGAAACGCAGUCGACGUGCUUUGGAGGCUAUGCCCAGUUCCUCACCUAUUCCUCAACAGCCAACAAAACGGAGAGCUGUUCGGCUUUGUGAUGAUGAUGAUAAUGAGGAGCCCAAAACUCCUGUUCAUGGGGGAUCUAUUAAAAAGGAUACUAAUCUGUCACACAUCACAGAUUCUUUGAAAAAAUCUGAUGCACCUAAUGUCACCCCUAUACCUGCUCAGCAGGGUGUGCGUGCCUCAGGAAGAGGUCAGAGUGGUUCUUCAAAGGAAUUGAAAUCAUCUAUCAAACCAAAUGAUGACACUUCUUUUCAUAAUUCUCAAAAGUUAUUAGAGAAAAAGGCCAGAAUUGUAACCACUCCGAACCUUUCCUGUAGUCCUGGGAAACCAGAACCUGAAAAAGUACCUUCAAGAGAUAUUAAACCAAUUCUUGGUUCCCCUAAGAGGUCCCCUGUGGUUGUCACAGUUCCCAGGCCGAUCUCGGAGCCCCAGAAACCAAGUAAACAAUCUGAUAAAGUAUUAGAUGAUGUUCCACAGGGUAAAGUGGUAGCUAGCUCUAUUCCAGCCCCUGUUGCUGCUUCCGAUAAUCUGAAGUCUUCUCUGGAUCAACCUAAUAGUGAAAGAGGCAAGACAGAUUCUUCUGGAGAAAGGAAAAAAGCAACCCCUAAGUCAACUUCUCGGAUAAAUGAUCAUGCUUUUUCAGCAGGACAUCCAAUGGAAACCGUUUCGGUUCCUUCUGAAAGGGCGGAAGCAGGUAGAGAUGAUCGACCGCUUUCUUUGACUGAUUUGAAAGUGUUGGACCCUGAUAUGUCGAUGAAGGAGCUUAUAGCAGCUGCUCAGGCUAAAAGGAGGCAAGCUCAGUUACUGAAUGCUCAUGGGAGUUUACAUCCUGUUUUUGCCACCUAUGCUGAUAUUCAAGGAGGGAGUCCAAACCCUGGCCUUUCCUCUCAUGCCCCUGUUCAUGGCAAGACUAUGCAUUCUGAUGCACAAGGACUCUGUCCUCGUGCAUCUCCAUCCUCAGAUGUUCGUCAAUUUACAUCGAUUGAUCCACCUGAGUGUGAAGAACACGAAGAAAGGAGAGUGAGUUCAGAACACUGGACCACUGGUGGCUCACUUAGUGGUGGCACUGAGGCAGCUGUGGCCCGUGAUGCCUUUGAGGGAAUGAUAGAAACUUUGUCUAGGACCAAAGAGAGCAUAGGGCGUGCAACACGACUUGCAAUUGACUGUGCAAAGUAUGGGAUUGCUAAUGAGGUUGUGGAACUUCUCAUCCACAAAUUGGAAAAUGAACCUAGCUAUCAUCGCAGAGUGGAUUUGUUUUUCCUUGUGGAUUCAAUAACUCAAUGUUCUCAUAGUCAUAAAGGCAUUGCAAGUGCAUCAUAUAUUCCUGCUGUUCAAGAAGCAUUAUCACGACUUUUGGGGGCUGCUGCUCCGCAGGGAGCUGGGGCUCGAGAAAACCGUCGACAAUGUCUUAAGGUCUUGCGAUUGUGGCUUGAGAGGAAAAUCUUACCAGAAUCUCUUCUUCGUCGCCAUAUUGACGAAAUUGGUACUGCAAAUGAUGAUGCUACUGCUGGUGGGCACUCCUUUAGAAGGCCUUCUCGAGCUGAGCGUGCUUUAGAUGAUCCAAUUAGAGAAAUGGAAGGCAUGCUUGUUGAUGAGUAUGGCAGUAACGCAACAUUUCAGUUACCUGGCUUUCUAUCUUCUAAUGUGUUUGAGGAGGAGGAGGAAGAGGAAGAAAUUCUAAACAAUCCUCACCAAGAAGAUACUGAGGUAUCACCAGUGGAUGGUACUCUUGCCACAGGAGACAAUACUGAACAAUCUACAGUCACUCCAAAAGAUAGGCGCAGCCGCAUAUUGGAGGAUGUCGAUGGUGAGCUUGAAAUGGAAGAUGUGUCUGGACACCAGAAAGAUGAAAGUCCAUUGUUUACCGAUGUUCCUCACCCAAGUGCUUCAAACCAGUCUGGUUCUGUUAGAGUGCCGGAAGCUGCUUCAAACAGUCCCUUUGAAUUGCCUCCACCUGAGGGGUGGUCUCCACCUUUGCCACUUGGUUCACCUCCAGAGACCCCACCUUUGCCUGCUUCACCUCCUCCACCUACACCCCCACCACCACCUCCGUCGUCUCCUUUGCCACCUCCACCUCCAACACCACCUCCUCCUUCACUACCCCCACCACCCCCCACACAGUCACACCCCUUUUCGUCAAUGCCUGCUGGACCACCUCCCCUUUUAUUUACUCAACCUUCUCUGCCACCUCAACCCUCAAUGCCAUUGCAACAUUUGGCAGUUGCAUCAUCAAUACCAUCUUCUUCACCGAUGGUUGGAUAUCAGCAACCUUUGGUUCCACAUGAAGUUGGUAGCAUGCCAAAUGGACAUCGAUUACCCCAGAUGUCUGUAAAUGCUCCUCAUGGGCCUCAACCACAACCUCGCUUUGUUCCUGUAGGUGUCUGUAACUCGCGUGAACCUUCAGGAUAUAAUUCCAGACCUUUAGAUUAUAACCAUAAUGAUGCAUAUUUAAACCUUCAGCCUCCACAAUCCAGCCAACAAUUUCAACCCACUAAUGCACCCUUUUCCCAAAUGCCUAUGCAUCCUAAUCCCCCACCUCAAAUCCCAUCCAAUAAUUUUUCAUAUCCAAGGCCAGCAGUGCAGCAACAAUCUCAGCAUCCAUAUCCACCAGGACCACCACCGUAUGCAUUGCCAAAUCGUCCUGAUGGGCAAAGGCGAUAUGUGGGUGAUGAACAAUGGAGGGUGCAGUCAAAUGAAUUUAGUGCUGAUCAACAACGUGGCAUGUGGAUGGGAGGAGGAAGAUCAUCUGUUGGCCCAACCUUUCCCCCUGAAGGUUAUUUGAGACCUCAUGAUAGGCCACCUAUGAACAAUAUUGGGUUUCAGCCACCUGCACCAAAUGCUCUUCCAACUGGUGGUCCAAUUUCAGGUCAUGGGAUGCCUUGUAGGCCAGAUGUGACUGCUCUCAAUUGGAGACCAGCUUAAGAAAUCUUGAAUUCUUAUGGAUUUUGGACUUUUGGUGUACCUUUCCUCUGUGUUCAGGCUCUGAUGGGGAACUCAAAUAGGAGAAAGGGUUGACCUCUAAACGAAAAUCAGAUGGCAAACUGUUCUGAAGUUGAGGGUGACUUACCAAGAUUUUGUUUAUUGUAACUUUUCCUGAGAAAUGUGAGAUGCACCUCGCAGAUUUUACUUUAAAAAGUGUAAGCCUGAUGUAGGCCAUGAAGAGAUGAAACAGAGUCACACUAGAAUUCAGCAGUUAUAUUCCCAAGUGCUGUAGUAUUAGUUUUAUUUUGCAGUUGCAUUUGGGAUGAACGUGUUCUUAUUGUUUUUUACUUGUAGCAGUAGGAUUGAUUACUUUGCAUACCCUAGGUAUUACAUUCCGAAUUGUUUCACAGUAGUAGUGCUGUGUCUGAAUACAACUAUAUUUACUCAAUAUAUAGCCUUGUAAGUACAUAGUUAAUUCAUCCAUUUUAGAAUCAAUUAUAUUAUAACUUUUCAGUUA